UAGAGAAGCGUAGAAGAAGAAGUCGUCACGUGACGCUGUCCACUAGCUAAACUUCCUGUUUUUAAUUCAGUCCGUAUUUGUUCAUGUUUGCCGUCACUUCUCAAUAUAAUUUGUUUUUAACGAGCCGGAUAUAGAUUCCAAUAACUGCUAGGGGUGUGUGUUGGCCAAGGAAGCUCCGACACGCGUGUUUAAUUGACCCCCGCUAGCUCCAGCUGGUGUGCGCUUCACGUCGUCACAAGCUGACAGCAGUAGGUCGGCAGUAUGCUAGCGAGCACCAUGGCCAGUCCGCUUCCAAUGCACUGUGUGGCCUCUCUGAGGAAAUCCCGAAUCCAUUUAAGAGCUGCUGCCCUGGGCCUCAACAAGCGAAACUACAGCAGCAAAAAGGGGUCUUCAACCGAGUAUUUGCACCAAAGUGUUGUACCAUCGAUGCAUUACCAGAAGAGUUUACCCAGACUGCCCGUACCGAAGUUGGAGGAUACUGUCGGGAGGUAUCUAGCUGCACAGAGGCCUCUGUUGGAUGAGGACCAGUUCAGAACAACGGAGAAAAUCGCACAGGAUUUUCAGAAUGGUGUGGGGAAACAGCUGCACGAGGAACUGGUAGCUCAGGACAAAAACAACAAACACACAAGCUACAUCUCUGGUCCGUGGUUUGACAUGUAUCUAUCUGCUCGUGAAUCUGUGGUGCUGAACUUCAACCCCUUCAUGUCCUUCAACCCUGACCCUAAGGCAGAGUACAAUGACCAGCUUGUGAGGGCGACCAAUGUGGUGUGUUCAGCAGUGCGCUUCAUGAAAACUCUGCGAGCCGGGUUGCUAGAGCCAGAGGUUUUCCACCUCAACCCGGCGAAGAGUGACACCGAUAGCUUCAAAAGAUUAAUCCGCUGGGUCCCGUCUUCACUGUCUUGGUAUGGAGCUUACAUGGUGAACGCUUACCCCCUGGACAUGUCUCAAUACUUUCGCCUCUUCAACUCCACUCGGAUUCCCAAGAAGGGGAGAGAUGAGCUCUUCACCGACGAGAAAGCGCGACAUCUCCUAGUUAUGAGGAAGGGCAACAUGUAUGUGUUUGACAUUGUAGACAGGGAUGGGAACUUGGUAAAGCCCGCAGAGAUUCAGGCCCACUUGAAGCACAUUCUGUGCGACCCAACGCCAGCGGCUGCCUUUCCUCUCGGGGUCCUGACCAGUGAGAACAGGGAUGUGUGGGCCGGCCUGAGGGACAAGCUGAUAGCUGCUGGAAACGCAGAGGAUCUGCGGAUUGUUGACAGCGCCCUUUUCUGUCUCAGUCUGGACGAUGAAAGCAUGAGGGACCACAUCCACAUCUCCCACAACAUGCUGCACGGGGACGGCUGCAACCGGUGGUUCGACAAGUCCUUCACAGUCAUUCUGACCAAAGAUGGACAGGCAGCCAUCAAUUUUGAGCACUCCUGGGGCGAUGGCGUCGCUGUACUUCGCUUUCAAAAUGAGAUCUUCAAAGACACCACGGAGUGUCCACUGGUGAACCCGGCGUCCACUGCUGCCGCUGUGGAUUCAGCCUCUGCUGUGCGCAGACUGCAGUUCAACCUGGACAGCAAGCUGGAGAAUGGCAUCAAAAAGGCCAAGGAGAACUUUGACUCGAGCGUAUCUAAACUCACGAUUGACGCCAUGGAGUUCAAGAAAGGGGGCAAGGCCCAGUUAAAGAAGAGCAAGUUGAGUCCAGAUGCUGUAGCCCAGCUGGCUUUUCAAAUGGGUUUCCUGAGGCAGUACGGACAGACAGUAGCCACAUACGAGUCCUGCAGCACUGCAGCGUUCAGGCAUGGCCGCACAGAGACCAUCCGACCUGCCACCACACACACGCAACGAUGUGCACGAGCCUUUGUUUCCCAGCGAGGACAACACAGCGUGGAGCAGCUACAGGCCAUGCUGAGUGAAUGCUCCAAAUAUCAUGGACAGCUCACCAAAGAAGCAGCUAUGGGACAAGGUUUCGACCGUCACUUGUUUGCCCUGCGAUACCUGGCCACCUCGAAGAGCGAGCCUCUGCACAGCCUCUACACGGACCCGGCUUACGCUGCCAUCAACCACAACAUCCUCUCCACCAGCACCCUCACCAGUCCAGCUGUGAGUCUGGGAGGCUUCGCCCCGGUGGUGCCUGAUGGCUUUGGCGUUGGCUACGGUGUCCAUGACGACUGGAUCGGCUGCAAUGUCUCCAGCUACCCAGCUCGCAACGUCCAUGAAUUCCUGCAGUGUGUCCACAAGUCCUUAGAGGACAUUUUCACUGUCCUAGAGGGAAAGACCCUCGGCUAAGGAACGGGUGUUUGUCAUCCAAAAUCUUUGAUUUUACACAACAGCAGUGAUCAGUGUAUUUAUCUGCGAAAUGAUCUAUUGAGUGAGAUAAAUAUCUAAUACACCACUAACUAUACACAUAGAGGAUCGCAGUGCUUAGGUAUGAAUUUAUUAUACAUUUGAUGGUUGAGACUUUAAAUUUAUUGGUUUAAGGUGUUUGGAAAUAACUAUAGAUUAACAGAUGAUUAUACAAACUGAUGGAAUUGGGGGGGGGGGAAUAGUGUAUUAUAGUGUGAGCCAAGAGAUGUCUUCUGUGUAUAAUUUCAAAUAAAUCUCAUUAAACUGAAUAUACGCACCACUUAAAGAGAUUAAACCAUGUGUGCUGUGUACUUUGGCCUCAUUUGAAUUGUUAGUCUGUGGUAGGGUGACAGGAUACAAGGUUCAGAGUACAAUAUGUAUGCAGCACAGCUUUACAGAUGUAUAACUUCAGAAUGAAGUCAACUUCUGUGCCUCAUCAGCAUGUUGAAUCAACUUUUGCCUUUUGUCACAGUAAGCUCUGCUCAUGGAUGUGUUAGAAUGUAUUUUGAAAUAAAAAUCUAAUGACAUGUUUUAUAAAUGUUUGUUUCAUGAAUGCUAUUUACAAAUGUUUUUUAUACGGAUAUAAAUUAUUGUGAAUGUUGCGCCAUGAUGUCAAUAUCAGCAGAAGAUUAGUGUAAUGAAUUAUCACGAGUACCGUAGACAAGUAUAUA